AUGGUUACUAUUACUGGCUUCACCACGCGGGACGUGAGGUUCCCGACCUCGCUCGAUAAGACCGGUUCAGAUGCCAUGAAUGCGGCAGGUGACUACUCCUCCGCCUACUGUAUCAUCACCACAGACUCGGAAUACACCGGACAUGGCAUGACAUUCACAAUCGGCCGCGGAAACGAGAUUGUCUGCGCCGCAAUCUCUCUGCUCGCCCCGAUGGUGGUGGGCAAGAACCUUGAUGAGUUAACGGCAGACUGGGGCAAGACCUGGCGGUACCUCGUCUCCGACAGCCAGCUGCGCUGGAUCGGCCCCGAGAAGGGCGUCAUGCACCUCGCUCUUGGUGCCGUUGUCAAUGCCCUCUGGGAUCUGUGGGCCAAGACGCUUGGAAAGCCUGUCUGGCGCAUUGUUGCUGAUAUGACUCCCGAGGAGUUUGUGCGUUGCAUCGACUUCCGUUAUAUCACGGAUGCUAUCACUCCUGAAGAGGCCAUAAGUCUGUUGAAGGAGGUUGAGGCUGGUAAGCAGGAGCGCAUCAAGGAAGCUGAAGCUAGCAAGGCUGUCCCUGCUUAUACCACCAGUGCUGGCUGGCUCGGAUACAGCAAGGAUAAGCUCAAGUUAUUGCUGGACGAGAGUGUCGCACAGGGAUACAGACAUUUCAAGCUUAAGGUCGGUGGAGACCUGGAGGAUGACAAGACUCGAUUGAGAAUCGCACGUGAGGCUAUUGGAUAUGACCGGGGAAAUAUUCUGAUGGUCGAUGCCAACCAGGUUUGGUCCGUUCCCGAGGCAAUCACGUGGAUGCAAGAGCUCGCAGAGUUCAAGCCCUGGUUCAUCGAAGAGCCCACCUCCCCCGACGACAUUCUCGGCCACGCCGCCAUCCGCAAGGCCCUGGCCAAUACACCCCACGGCCCCGUCGGCGUCGCCACUGGCGAGAUGUGCCAGAACCGCGUGAUCUUCAAACAGCUGCUGCAAGCCGGCGCCUUGACUGUUCUCCAGCCCGAUGCCUGCCGUGUUGGCGGCGUGAACGAGGUCCUGGCGAUCCUCUUGUUGGCGCGCAAGUUCGGAGUGCCGAUUGUGCCGCACUCUGGUGGUGUUGGUUUGCCUGAGUACACGCAGCAUCUGAGUACAAUCGACUACGUCGUUGUUACGGGCAAGAAGAGUGUUCUUGAAUACGUGGAUCAUCUUCAUGAGCACUUUGUUCACCCGUCUAGUGUUAAGGAUGGUUACUAUGUCACUCCUAUGGAGCCUGGGUACAGUGUCGAGAUGAAGGCGGAUAGUAUGGAUGCUUUCGAAUACCCUGGCAAGGAGGGCAAGAGUUGGUGGAGAUCUGAGGAGGCUAAGAACAUCAUUGAUGGGCCUCGUGUUGUAUAG